GUCGACGACGUCGUCACCGCUUGGCUCCGUUCUGUGUUUGUGCGUGUGUGCUUGUUGGAGGGUCGUCAUGUCGGGUCGCCUGUUGUGACGCGUGGCUCGGCGUGUGCUGCUGCUGCUCUCUGCCAUCAUGGCGGCCGCUCCCGUGGGGCUUCGUUUCGGUGGAGGAAGGUGGGAGCCUGAGACAAUGGACAACAUCCAUAGUCUGGACCCACGAAAACAAGAAUUGCUCGAGGCUCGGUUUCUGGGGAAUCGGCAACUGUGCAACCUGGGUCAGGGCGGUGCCUACCUGGGUCAGACAUCGCAGUCCUCUUCUGGUGGUGCAAUGGCGGCGGCGGCUGCGGCGGCAGCAGCGGCGGGAGUGAGCGGGCCCCUGGCGGGCGUGCCGGCCUCCCAGCUGCUAGCCCACGUUUCCUCCUCGGGCAGCUCGAACAACACCAAUCACAACCAGGACUCGAACAUGAGCAACACCAGUCUUGGAUCGCAGCACUCUGACAAGGAACUCGAGCCUCAGACACCAGAAAAGCACCUUCGGACACCUCCCCAGUCAGAGCGGAAAAGGAAACGGAUGAAAGAAGAUACUGCUUCAACUGGAGUAAAAGGAGCUCGAACAACGGUUCCCGAGAACGCAAAGAAAAUAAAUGAAUACUUUAAGAACCAGGGGCAUAGCCCCAGCCGCUUUGGAGGGGCCAGGUCACCUGUCCCUCAGGGCUACUGCCUGGGUGGCAGUCCACUAGUGUCCCCGUUAACGUCCGCACUCAACAGUGUUGAUUAUUCGGGGCUGAUGGCACCACCUCAGAGGCCUGCGCACGUGAUGAUGCGGCAGGUCCAGACAGAUCUCACCAUCAACAAGAUCAAAGAGCUGGAGAGCAAAUCGGCCAUGGACCUUGAAAUGAGGGACAACAGGAUAGAUGAACUCCAAAGAGGUAGUGAAGAACUGCGGCGGCAAAUUCAGGGACAGCAGAAGGUAAUACAAAAACAAGAGGAGCAACUCCUCAAGUGUAUAGAUGUUACAAAGCAACUCCUUAUAGAAAAGUCGGCUAUGGAAAAGAAGCAGUCUCGGCAGAAAUGCAUGCAGAACAGGCUAAGGCUAGGUCAAUUUGUGACACAGCGGCAAGGGGCGUCAUUUGUUGAAAACUGGGUAGACGGCUACGCUUUCAACGAUCUUUUGAGAAAGCAGGAGCAGAUCACGUCAGAACGGGAAGAAAUUGAACGGCAACGAAAGCUGCUGUGCAAAAAGAAGCCCACGACGGGGCAGCCCAAGGGCAAGGGGGCGGUGGCGUCUAACAAUGGGGCAGGUGCAGCUUCCAGUGGGCUGGCCAAUGGAGAGUUUGUGAAGCCGGAGUCUCCCAAGGACCUCGCGCUUCUGCGGCUGUCCUGGUACGAGUACUACGAGCAGGAGGAAAUCCUGAAGCUGCGGCAGGUGUCACUGAAAAAGGAGGACACCGACCUGCAGCUGGAGCUGGAGAAACUGGAGCGGGAGCGAAACCUGCACAUUAGGGAGCUCAAACGCAUACACAAUGAGGACCAGUCCAGGUUUAACAACCAUCCAGUCCUAAAUGAGAGGUAUCUACUACUAAUCUUGUUGGGCAAAGGUGGCUUCAGUGAAGUACACAAGGCGUUUGACCUUAAGGAACAGAGGUACGUUGCCUGCAAAAUACACCAGCUAAACAAAGACUGGAAGGACGACAAGAAAGCAAACUACAUCAAGCACGCAUUAAGAGAGUACAACAUUCACAAGUCCUUAGACCAUCCCAGGGUUGUAAAGCUUUAUGAUGUCUUCGAAAUAGAUCCUAAUUCAUUAGCGUCUCUUGCACACGGGGCCUCUCACAUUGUGUCCUCUGCUUUGUGUCGUUUGAGCAGCUUCUGCACAGUGCUGGAGUACUGUGAUGACGACCUGGACUUCUACCUCAAGCAGCACAAGUGCAUCCCCGAACGAGAAGCACGCUGCAUCGUCAUGCAGGUGGUGCAUGCCCUCAAGUACCUCAAUGAAAUCAAGCCACCCAUCAUACACUACGACCUCAAACCGGGUAACAUCCUCCUGGGAAGCGGUAGUCUAAGUGGAGAGAUCAAGAUCACAGACUUUGGUCUCAGCAAGAUCAUGGAUGAUGACAACUACAGCCCCGAAUACGGAAUGGACCUAACAUCACAGGGUGCUGGCACCUAUUGGUACUUGCCACCUGAGUGUUUUGUAGUGGGCAAGACGCCACCCAAGAUCUCUUCCAAGGUUGAUGUCUGGAGUGUGGGUGUCAUCUUCUAUCAGUGCCUCUAUGGCAAAAAGCCUUUUGGGCACAAUCAGUCCCAGGCAACAAUAUUGGAAGAAAACACAAUUCUGAAAGCAACGGACGUGGAGUUUCCCGCAAAGCCUGCUGUCAGUAAUGAGGCCAAGCAAUUCAUCCGCCGCUGCUUGCAGUACCGCAAGGAAGACCGCAUUGACGUGUUCAGCUUGUCCAACGAGGAGUACCUGAAACCGAACUAUUCAAAACAUGGGCGGCAGGCCAGUGUUUCAGACAAGUCGUAGCCAACGUUGUUGGCCUAAGGAAAUACCUUUGACACUAGCUGGAACAGAGAUGAAGCAUAUAAAAGAGAAAGAAGCGCAGCGGGAACACGUUGGGCAAGUGCGCUGCCACCACCGUCACCACCACCAGACGAGAGCAAAAACCAAAUCGGCGACAGUCGCGCACCGCUCCCGGAGCGGCACCCCCCCCGGCAGUUUGUUGUUGCUGUUGUUCCGGGGGAAGCAGCACUUCCUGCCUGUGUGACCAGGCAGAGACGGUGUGUGUUCCUUGCCACGGCAGUGAGGCGAAUCACGCGAGACACGUGUGCCGCAGCCGGGGAAGCACGUUAGACACUGUAUUAGCGGAGGGAGGGGACACGUCGA